CUGAACAUGGCGAACUUCAUGAGAAUGCUGGUGGUGCUGCCUCUGUUCAUGGCCCUCUGUGUUGUCUCCGCAUAUGCUCAGCCCCUUGUGAGUGUCGAUUGUGGAAGAACUGGUACGUCUGUUGGUUACCUUGGCUUGACAUGGUCUGGAGAUGAGCAGUACGUACAGACCGGCCAAAUCGGAACAAUUAAGAUCGACAAAAGUACCCUCAUACCACCACUGGCCACACUCCGCUACUUCCCUACAGGAAAGAAGAACUGUUACACUUUCCCGGGCAUCGGCCAGGGAAGCAAGAUCCUCAUUCGUGCCUGGUUUACCUAUGGCAACUACGACGGCUUAUCGUCUCCCCCUGUGUUCAGCCUCCAGUUUGACGGCAAUUCUUGGAGCGACGUUACCACUUCUUUGAACAGCACAGCUAUUGCCGAGAUGAUCUAUGUCACCAAAGUUGAUAAUGUUAGCCUCUGUGUAGCUCAAACUCGCCCCCAAAAUGUUCCCUUCAUCUCUUGUCUUGAGAUAAGAAGGCUUGGUGCAAAAAUGUACACUGGUAUGGACGUUGACCGGCCCUUGCAGCUCAUCGGGAGGUAUGCCUAUGGAUCAAACAGUGUCGUGAGGUAUCCAGAUGAUACCUAUGAUCGUGGCUGGCUUUUCAUCAGUGAUGAAACAAGCCUUGGGCUGACUACAAUAACGAGCAGCUCCAACUUGAUGACAACGAGACUGGUUGAUCAACCACCGGCCGCUGUCCUGCGGCAGGCAGUUACGCCAUCGUCGAGCUCCGCUUCCAAACUCGUCGUCCCCAUCCUCAUCACGUCAGCGGUGCCAGUUCCUCACUACGUCGUCUUCUAUUUCUUGGAAGUAUCGGAUAAUGGCAGCAGGGCCUUCACUUUCCUCAUAGACGACAAGAUUUUCUAUAGCCAGUCAAUAUCCCCAAAUAGAACGGUGCUGGAGAUAUACAACCCUAAUGUCAACCUAUCUGCUAGCUCUGUAUUUACGCUGGUGAGAGACAAUGGCUCUGCUUUACCUCCCAGCAUCAACGCAGCUGAAUUCUACAGGAUCGGCGAUUAUUUCGUCAGUGGGACGGAGAGCUUGGACGUGAAAGCGCUCGGUGAGUUUCAGAGGAGCUACGUGCAACUCCAGGCAUGGAGCGGCGACCCUUGUCUUCCCAUCGGCUAUGCCUGGGAUUGGAUCAAUUGCAGUUCUGAUCCGGCGCCAAGAGUUACCGCACUGAAAUUGAGCGGCUAUGGGCUCACUGGUUCCCUUGCAGACUUCAGUGGCUUGACUGCUCUUCAAACGAUUGAUUUGCAUAAUAACAGUUUGAGCGGUAACAUUCCAGAAUUUCUUGGCAAAUUUACCUUUUUGACGGAAUUGAACUUGGCUGAUAAUCAAUUUAAUGGCUCCGUGCCUUCAUCAUUGACCAGCAACUCAAAGAUCCACCUAAACAUUUCUGGAAACAACUUGUCUGGAAACUCAAGUGACACUACAAACAAGAAGAAGAGUCAUGCAGGCAUAAUAGCUGGAGCAGUCAUUGCCUCUUUCCUGUUUUUGCUGCUUGUGAUUUUAGCUGUCUUUUGCAUUUUCAAGAAGAAACCAAGCACUGCAGGUGAGUCGAUCACAGGUGAUGACCCCAAGCAACCGCAUUUUGUAGAACCAAAGUUCAACCAGAGUUUUACUUAUGCUGAGAUACAGGAAAUCACAAACAACUUUGAGAAACCCAUUGGUGAAGGAGGAUCUGGCAAUGUUUACUAUGGUCGACUCGCCAAUGGCACCGAAGUUGCUGUCAAGGAGAUAAAAGAAUCACUCCCACGUGGCACGAAGGAAUUUGUAUCUGAGGUUGAGCUAUUGAUGACAGUUCAUCAUAAAUGCCUAGUUUCCUUCGUUGGAUACUGUAACGAAAGUGGAAAACUCAUUCUCCUUUAUGAGUAUAUGAGUGGUGGGAAUCUAAGACAGCUGCUAUCAGGAAGGGCUAGCACACCUGUAAUUCUGACAUGGGAGGCAAGACUUCAGAUGGCACUGAACGUUGCAACAGGAUUGGACUAUUUACAUUCGGGAUGUCAUCCUGCCAUUAUUCAUAGGGAUGUGAAAACAACAAAUAUUCUUUUGAAUGGAAAAAAGGAGGCGAAAGUGGCAGAUUUUGGCUUAUCCAAGGCAGGCUCCAGAGAUGACGUGACACAUUUAUCAACUGUAGUUGCUGGGACACCCGGAUAUAUUGAUCCUGAAUACUACAGUACGAACUUGGUCACCAAGAAAAGUGACGUGUAUAGCUUCGGUGUGGUACUUUUUGAGUUGAUGACUGGAUGUCCUCCAUUUUUUAAUGUAUCCGAUGAGCGUUUUCAUAUAGUGCAAUGGGCAACAGCAAGACUAGUUAGAGGGGACAUACACAAUGUUGCAGACCCAAAGCUGAGAGGGCAAUACAAUGUAAACUCCAUGUGGAAAGUUGCAGACAUAGCAAUGUCGUGCACCUCCCAAGCUUCUCGUACGAGGCCCCACAUGAGUGAUGUUGUGAACCAACUGAGGGAGGCCGUUGAGGUAGAGACCUACCAACAGACGACUGAUACCUCAUUCACGGAGGUUCAACAUUCGUCAUCGUCUAACGAAUUUUCCAGCUCAAGUAUGGGAACUUCAUACCUACCACCAGCAAGAUAGUUUGUACUCCAUCACAAGCUCUCUGCCUUCUAGUUCAUUUUCUGUGCUUUUCUAGUUACACUUACUUGUAAUGUCUGAAAGCAGUAAAUUUCUUGGUUGUAUGUCUAAAUCAUUAGUUUGUACUCCAUCACAAGCUCUCUGCCUUCUAGUUCAUUUUCUGUGCUUUUCUAGUUACACUUGUAAUGUCUGAAAGCAGUAAAUUUCUUGGUUGUAUGUCUAAAUCAUUUUGUGCUAUUUGUGAAGGCAUUAUUUAUCUGUA